UGGGAAACCUGAGAAAUUUCCAUCUCAGAGGGGUGGGAACGUUGAAAAGAGAGCUCAGGUUUCCCCUGAGCUGGCAGGGAACUGACCACAAGAAGCUCCAGUCCACACUGUCACCAUAUCUGUCUCAUCUGUCUCACUGCUGUCACACCGCCGAGGCCGCCACGCUCACCUGUACGCCAUUGCCAUCAUGGUCCACUUGGUGCUAUUGUCUCUGUUCAUCAUUGAGUCUGUUAAUGGAAUGUCUCUGUUAACUACUCCGCCUAUGAAAGACGGCUGCCACAUGGUGUCUCCAGAGGUGAACAUCUUACGAGUGGAGGAGGAGGCCAUCAUCCUCUCCUUCCCCAUAUUCGAUAGAGCGCUCGAAGUACGCAACAUUGACCCCCUGACAGCAAAGUACCUCAUCACCAAGGACGACAGGACGGAGGGUGGGGCUUAUCAUGGCGAGGGCCGUGUUCAGCAGCGGGACAACCAGCUGUGGUUCCUCCCAGCUCAGGCUGCUGACUCAGGGAAAUAUAUCUGCACCUACAGAAACGAGACCUACUGUGUGACUGGGAGCAUCUAUCUACAUGUGUACGAGUCCAGCUCUGUGGACGUGGAGCAGCUGUCCUACCCGAUCUACGUCAUAGUGGGAGAAUAUCUGAGAAAGUCAUGUCCGUCUCUAGGUGACUUCAACCACACGGACAGACUGAUAGAGUGGCACAAGGGCUCCAGUCCCGCGCCCCCUCAGGCAGGCUCCUUCCUCCAGGAGAGAGGACGACUGGUCAUUCCCGCUGUGAGCAGGUCUCAUGCAGGUGUCUACACCUGUCGGCUCCGAGCGCUCAUCAACGAGCAGCAGUACAAAGUGAGCAGGACCAUCGUGCUGAAUGUGGAAGGAGUCGACCCCGUCACCUCCACCACCUCCACCACUGUCUCUGACCUCUCCGUGACCUCUGACCCUGGGCUGAUCAGCAGCAGCAGCACGGUUCACACUCCAGUUAUUCAACCAGCCAUCAUUGUUUUCCCACGGGAAGGAGAACAUUUUGAAAGUCUGCAUGGUUCAGAUCGGGAGCUGUCCUGUAAGGUGCUCACUGGAUGUCAAACGGUGGAUUACACCGAGGUCACAUGGCUCGUCAAUAACCAAUCAGUGGAGUCAUCGUACCUCGAUGGACGGGCUCUGCAAGGGGGAAGGAGGGUAACCAGCGUGUCUGAAGGCUGUCAGAUCGAGGUGAGGCUAGUUGUCAUAGCGAUUACAGAAGAAGACGAGAAGACAGAGCUGAGGUGUGUCGCUCAGAACCAAGGAGGGAGACAGGAAGUGGUCGUACGGCUUCAACUAGAGGACUCCACGUUCACGUGGCUGGUGGUCGCCGCGGUGGCCGUAUCCUGCUUCCUAUUCAUGGUUUCUGUCUUCCUCUACGUCCUCUUCAAGCCUAAAGGGAACAAGAAAAAGGAUUACUUUCUGGCCCGGCAGAACAGCAGCUUCUAAAACACACUCCUUACACAAACAGAGACCUUGUCCAACAGUGACAUCACCACUCCGUAUUCAGGGAUUCAACACUCCGUAUUCAGGGGUUCAACGGCGUUAAAUCUGCAUUGUUACUUUUAUAUGAUGUGUUAAUGUGGACCAGUUCAACACCACUGCAAACUGCAACCUCAAUGUUAAACUAUAGUAGGAUGAAUACCUCAAAACUGAACAUUAUUAUCUUUAUGAAAGGGUAGAAUUUAUGGCUGAGCUGUUGCUUUGGAUUUGAUUACAUUUUGCAGAUGUUCCAAAUAAAGUUGCCGCUGAGUAUAUACCAUAAACUGUUUAUGUAAAUGUGUGUAUUUUUUUAGAAGAAUCUCG